AUGCCCAAGAAAGUGCCAACGGCUCAGGCAAGUGAGCGGCAAUUGUGUCAAACACUCGUCUUUGAUGUGCCGGCUACAGUGAACUUCAUGGCACCGAUCCCAGAGGAGCAGCACGUCCACUCCGCCUGCAUUCAUCACCUCCAACAAUUGGCACGUCAAGUGGGACCUGGUUGGGAAGUCAAGGCAUUCGGAAGUGCUGCCAACGGUUUUUUAUCUCGUGGAGCGGAUCUUGACGUGACUUGCUAUAAGGGGGACAUCCAGGAUCAGGAUAGCCAGAUGGCGCUGCAAGAGUUGAGAUUCCGAUUCGGGCCGCUGUUGGGCCAGCAGCCACAAUUUCAGGUGAUACAGGAAGUCUGGUCUGCACGGGUACCAAUCAUCAAGCUGCGGUAUAUGGAUAUAAUCGAUGUCGACUUGUCUUGCCACAAUCCACAGGCCUUGCAAAAUACGCAUCUUCUUCAAGCCUAUUCGACUCUAAGUCCCCGGAUCCGGGAACUGGUUUUAUGUGUGAAGUGCUGGGCGAAAGCCGAAAAUGUCUGCGGUGCACCCUUGGGGCAUCUCUCGUCCUAUGCUUUCGCAAUCAUGGUCAUCUACUUCCUGCAGGUGGAGGGAACCUUAAAUUUGCCUUGUCUACCGGUGAGCAGCUUCAGCAGUCAGGGCAGCACAUUUCGCGCAGAUUCCAGCACUUGGAUCUGCCAGCGUCCGUUGGUGCAACUCCUGACGCUCUUUUUUCAUUUCUAUGCCAACAAGUUUGCCUGGGGAUCAGAGGUCGUCUCUAUUCGAACUGGCAGGCGGAUGAAUGCAGCAGACCCGGAGUAUGCAAACCUACCGGGAAGGCAAGUGCAUCGGCUCCAUGUGGAAGAUCCUUUCAUCUCUCGGAAUCUGAAUUGCGUGCUGAGUCCUGAGAAUGAGGAGUUCUUGAAGAGCUGCUUGCUGGAUGCUUACGUCACAAUUCAGCAGAGCGAAGUUCCCAAAGCCUUCCUGCAGGCGAGUCCUCAGGAAUGGUUACGACGGCCUGCGGAUUCUCACCCUCCUUACCAUGUACGAAUUCGGGGCAUGGCUGGCAUGCAGGUUGGUCAAGGACCGAAGCAAUGGUACCAGCACAUGGGGCAAGAUAAUCACCAGCGAUUUGCCCACUUCCCAGCGCGGUCGUGUGGAGGGAUGCGCUACCAGCACAAGGCUUUGCCGCUGCAGCCGCACGAUGCGCGUGGCAACAUGUUGGCUUGGAAUGGAUUGAAUCACGAGGUGAACGGGCACAACAAUCACAACUGGAGGCCUCCUCGAAGACACCAUGCGGUACAGGCUGACUGGAAUCAGCUUUCUGUCUCUGACAGUUCCUUCCAGAGAGAACUGAGAGAACCAAAGUAUCCUCCGCCAGACAAACCGCCGAAGAGAAGCCCAGUUGUACAGAUACCCAGCGUGCCCAACGUGCCCAACGUGCCCAACGUGCCCAACGUGCCCAACGACAAUGUCAGCGCUCAGCAGAAAGUGGAGAAGUCGUGGGAUGAUCCGGAGACUCCAAACGCGGCGAAAUCAGAAGAGAAGCAGAAAGUGGAAAAGCCUGCGGAUCUCCCUGAAGAUAAUCCAGAAGGACGCACCUCCUCUGCAUUGGCUUGGCUGGAGGGGCCACCAAAAGCACCGGUGGAGGAACAAAUCCCGGUGCCCAAGUUCGGGCGGUGA